AAAAAAAAAAAAAAACUCACUGUUACUCUCUCGUCUCUGUGUCCCUCUCCUUCAUUGUGAGAGAGUGGCUACUAAGCAAAGGAUUAGGAGUGCGCCAGCCGAAGCCCUUAAAUAUUAGCACGCCACUCUCGCUUUGUCUUUCCAUCCUUGAUAGAUCCUAAACUUCAAACAGCAAUCUCUCUUGUCAUCAUAUGCAAAGCUAACCCUGAAAAAGUUUCUCCUAGCAUUCCCGGUCAUCUUCUCCAGAUUUUGAGGAAUUGAUGGGGAAGAAAGUUAAGAAGAAGGCAAGGGCGGCUCCUCAAAAGGACAAGUGGAUUGCAGCUGAUUCCCCAAAGAAAGCUCCCCAACCAAGCAACCCAAGUGUUAAGAACGGUGAUGAUGCAGUUUCAGUUCCAAAAGAGAAAAAACCUUGUUCUCAUGUUGACAAAGGUGUAGAUUUGAAUAAAUUGUCUGCUAAAAUUGGGUCCUCAGAACUUGUUAGGUGCGAAGAUUGUAGGGAAGGGGUGCUUGAUAGGAGAGGGGGUAAAGGAAAGGGCAAACAUGGUAAGAAGAAAGGAAGUGCUUCAGUGGAUUCAAAAUCUGAGUCAAAAGCCAUUUGGGUUUGUUUGGAAUGUGGUCAUUAUUCUUGUGGAGGGGUUGGACUGCCUACAACCCCUCAAUGCCAUGCACUUCGGCAUGCGAGGCAAACUCGUCACCCGUUAGUGAUCCACUUCGAAAACCCUCAGCUGCGGUGGUGCUUUUCUUGUAGCAUGCUUAUUAAAAUUGAUAAGAUGGAAGAGAAUAGUGAACAAAAAGAUGUGUUUUCGGAUGUUGUGAAAUUAAUAAAGGGUCAUUCAUCGGAGGAGUCAUCUGUUAAUGUUGAGGAUGUGUGGUUUGGUAAUGGCAGUGUGACAAGUGACAUCAAAUCAGCUAACAAUAUAUCAAGUGAUUUGGAUGGGAGAGGUGGUUAUAUGGUGAGAGGGUUAGUUAAUCUUGGUAACACUUGCUUCUUUAAUUCUGUCUUACAGAAUAUUCUAGCUAUAGAUAGGCUGCGGGGUUACUUCUUAAAUGUUGAUGCAUUUUCUGGAGCUCUUACUAUUUCCUUGAAGAAACUCUUUACUGAAACAAAACCAGAGGCAGGAUUUAGGAACGUGAUAAACCCAAGAGCGUUUUUUGGGUGUGUCUGUUCCAAGGCUCCCCAGUUUAGGGGUUAUCAGCAGCAAGACAGUCAUGAAUUGCUUCGUUGCUUACUGGAUGGCUUGUGCACUGAGGAGUUGAGUAUGAGGAAACGUAUAAGUUCUUCCCGGGAAAAUGGGAAUUCGUCAAAUCCAGGUCCUACUUUUGUGGAUGCUGUAUUUGGGGGGCAAAUAUCAAGUACCGUUUCUUGCGUCGAAUGUGGCCACUCCUCUACUGUCUAUGAGUCAUUUUUAGAUCUGUCACUGCCAGUUCCAACCAGGAAAUGCCCACCUAAGACAGCUCAACCUACCUCUCGAGCAAAGAAGACAAAGUUGCCACCCAAGAGGAGUGGAAAGGUUCGGUCGAAAAUUAACAAGGACAAGAGUUUUGCACCAUCAUCAAGUGUUGCAACCCCAUCAACCAGCAGCGAGGUUUCUAGCCAGCCACAGUCCGGUUCAACUGACCCAAAUGUGGUUGAACAAUGGGGUUUAGUUAUGAAGAAUCUCUCUGCUGUCCAAGAAUCUGAAAAUGAACAAGUCUUUGAGGAUGCAGCAGAGCAAACAUCAACUUUGUUGAAUGAUUGUACAUGGUUGGAUUAUCUUGAUAUGGGAAAUAUGUCAGAUGACAAUGAUUUCGUUUCACAAAACAAUGAUGCUUCAACUGUUCAAGAUUCUGAAAACAAGAAUGCACUUAAUGAUAUCUUGCUACCGCCUGACUCUGAAUCUGGUAAUCAGGUUUCUACGCUUAAUGGGGAACCAAAUGUAAAACCUGACUUUUCUUCAGUGAAUCCUUGGGAGGAAGAGCUCCCAUUACAGGUUCAGGGUUCUGAAGUUUUGUUGCUUCCAUAUAAAGAAGAGUGUUCUGUCACUGAGGAAAUCAUAGGAAGAGAAGAUGAGGCCUCUUCAUCGGUUGUUGGUGGUGGACAAGAUGAAUUUGAUGGUUUUGGGGACUUAUUCAAUGAGCCGGAGGUUGCUGCAGGGCCCACUGCAAGGCCCUCUGUUGGUGAGGGAGGAACAGAAACUGGUUUCGUAGCUAGCGAAUCUGAUCCAGAUGAAGUUGAUGAUAGUGAUUCUCCAGUGUCUGUUGAGAGUUGUUUGGCUCAUUUCAUAAAGCCUGAACUUCUUGCCAAUGACAAUGCUUGGCAUUGUGAGAACUGUUCCAGAACUCUUCAACGCCAAAGGUUGGAAGUAAAGAAGCAGGUAAAAUCUUCAGCUCAAAUUUUGAUAAAUGGAUGUGAGACUAGAGCGGAAAGUGAUUCACUGAGUUUAAAUAUGGGCCUGUGCCCUGCUGAUAUCAGAAAUCUUAGUAAUGGGAAUUUGAAUAGCAGUACUGGUUGUAACCAUUUUGGUGAAGACUUGCAUGAUGGGAAAAUAAAUUGCUCAUCAAUUGAGAAUGGUCGAUCAGAUAAGCUGAAUGCUGCUGUUCGUCAACAACAAGAAGGAAACAACGAGAUGAAAGAUGCACUUCCAGUGCAAUCAAAUACUUCAGAUUGCAAUAACACUUACAGUCGAGAAAGUUACAUUGAUCAAGCAAUUGAGUCUUGUGCUGACGAGCCUAGAACUGCAGGAUGUACCUCUGACAAUGUUCCACAGACUUAUUCUGGGAUAUUGGAUGGUAAACAUGAAUCAGAAGAAAGUGAAGACGAGGAAAUAAAUUCCAAAUGUGUGAAGGUGAAGAGGGAUGCGACUAAAAGGGUCCUCAUUAACAGGACCCCACCUAUUUUGACUAUUCAUCUCAAGCGGUUCAGCCAAGAUGCUCGUGGCCGCUUAAGUAAAUUGAACGGCCAUGUCAGUUUCAGAGAAAAAAUUGAUCUUAGACCAUAUAUGGAUUCCAGGUCCACAGAUGGAGAGAAGUAUGAAUACCGCCUAAUUGGGGUUGUGGAGCAUUCUGGGACGAUGAGAGGGGGCCACUAUGUUGCAUAUGUGAGAGGGGGUGAAAGGAGCAGAGGAAAAGCUGAGAAAGAAAAUAAUGGUCAUGUGUGGUAUUAUGCUAGUGAUGCACAUGUGCGUCAAGUUUCCCUAGAUGAGGUUCUUCACUGUGAGGCAUAUAUCUUAUUCUAUGAAAAAAGUUGAGGUUGUUCUACCUUCAACUUGAUGUCUUUAAAGUUUGAGUUCAGGGCCUUCAGACUAGCUGAGCUUCCCCAAUGUGAGAGAGAGAGAGAGAGAGAGAGAGAGAGAGAG